AUGGAAUUGCCAACUCACGGGCGGGCCUCUGCUUUUGCAGCCACCCGUCAACAAGAGCCGUUGGAGCAAGAUAUUCUUCUCUGUGUCGAUAUCAACAAGAAGAGUACUAUCCUCGCCACUGGUACUGAGAGGUUGCCAUUAGUGCCAAAUGCGAUCGACCUCCAAUUGACUGGCGAAAUCACUGUUCACUUUGAUCCCCGUCACGACCCCAGAAUGUUCCACCUCCUGAAAUGGGACCAACACCUAAGGGAAACCUUUCCCAUGCUGAGGGAAUCCGGCUUUGAUGGGCGGAUCUUGAUUCUGUGGCUCGAUUACUUGCCCCCAAAGCCAUGGCCCAAAAGGGUCGCCGGUUUUCCGUGCUACUUGACGACAGAUUUGGAGGAUUAUGGGCCCGUGGAACCGAUUUUCAGAUGCCCACAGCCCCCCGGGCGGCAUGCCUGUACUAACUUCGAUUACACCUUUGAUGAAACUAAAUUCCCCGCCCUGUUCGACCUUAUCAAGGGGUUCUUUCAAUAUUUCAAGAUCCCUAUCACUGAAGUCCAGUAUUGGGGCCAUAUCGUUGUCAUUGUUCUUGGCAAUGCCAUGCAAAGAAAGAAUGUCAUUGAGAGUUUGCCCAGGACCUUCGCCCGUUGUUACUGCUCCUAUCUUUAUGAGUCCGAGAUGAGCCUUCCCGCUAUACUGCCUUCCCUGCCUCUGGAGCAGCUCACUCCCCGCGCGUAUGACCAAGACGCCCUGGCUCCCAUCCUGCGACCGGGUGCUAAGCUUAGCUUGGGCAGACACCCCAAGCCGGGAAGUGGGAUGUUGACGUCUGCUGGUGUCCUCGUGCGUAAUUCUCAGGGUCAACUGUUCAUGACCGCGUCGGCGCGGGGAUUUGCAUCGGAUGGCUUGAAGGUCUAUCUUCCUCACUCAUCGGGAGCGGAGGUCGGUACCCUUGCAGCAAAACGGCCGGGCACGGACGUCGCCCUGAUCAAGUUGAACCAGAAUGUCCAUUUUGUUAAUACGCUAUUUGAAAACGCUCCAUUCGCACUAACCGGCUUCGUGCGCAUGGCGGAGACCCCGCAGAGAGGACAGGUCUUUUUCAACAGUCCGUUUUCGGGUCUGAUUGAGGGUGCGCGGGGGGUACAGAGUCGUUUUCAUAUUCCUAGCGGGAAUAAAUUCGAGCCCGAUGGCCGGUGGAUCAACUGUCGGUGGGAUUAUAUGGGUCAGGGUUUCAGCUCGCAGGUGGUUAGCGGUGACUGUGGGUCAGCGGUUUGGGACCCGAAUGGGAAGAUUAACGGGUUUGUUCGGUAUGCUCCUAGGUCUGGGCUCUUUCGGGAUUGGUGUAUGAUUACUGCUGCGGAUCAUUUUAUUGAUGGGGGGUUCAGUCUGGUUUAA